UUGCCGCUACUCUGCUUCUGGCAUGCGCCGUCUCCCGCCGACGCUCGCCGUCCACCUGCCGCCAUGCCCCACGCGCACGGCUACUCCACUCGCCACCGCCGCCGGCUUCAACGUCGCGACGGUGCUCGACCUCAUCGAGCGCGCCAUCUCCGUGGGCGACGUCCGCCGCCUAGGCCGUGCCGCGCACGCGCUCCUCGUAAAGACGGCGCUCAACCAUCACACCCUCCUCUCCAACCGCCUCAUCGAGCUCUACGCCACGCUAAACUCCCCGGCGGCCUCCCGCGCAGCCUUCGAAGAACUCCCGUACAGGAAUGCCCAUUCCUACAACAACCUCCUGGCCGCGCUUUCACGCGGCCCCGCCACCCUCCCCGACGCCCUCCACCUGCUCGACGCGAUGCCUGCCCCCUCUCGCAACGUAGUAUCCUACAACACCGUCAUCUCGGCCCUCGCGCGGCACGGCCGGCAGGGGGAAGCGCUCCGCGUGUUUGCCCGGUUGGCCAGGGACAGGUGCCUGGGGCCGGAGGUGGCCGUCGACCGUUUUGCAGUGGUCAGCGUGGCGAGCGCGUGCGCUGGGAUGGGAGCCGUGAGGCCACUCCGAGAGAUGCACGGCGCCGUAGUGGUGUCGGGGUUGGAGGUGACGGUCAUUAUGGCCAAUGCAAUGGUGGAUGCGUACAGCAAGGCCGGGAGGAUGGAGGACGCCAGGACGUUGUUCAACCAGAUGAGCAUCCGGGACACGGUCUCUUGGACAUCGAUGAUUGCAGGGUACUGCCGUGCGAAGAGGCUCGAUGAGGCAGUCCGGGUAUUUCACAUGAUGCCGGAGCAGGACACAAUUGCAUGGACGGCACUCAUCUCUGGGCACGAGCAGAAUGAUGAGGAGGAUGCUGCUCUGGAACUUUUUCGACAGAUGCUGGUUCAGGGGAUGGCACCAACACCGUUUGCUUUGGUGUCGUCUCUUGGUGCAUGCGCCAAGCUCGGGCUUGUUAUUCGAGGGAAGGAAGUGCAUGGUUUCAUCUUGCGCCGCUGCAUCGGUUCAGACCCUUUCAACAUUUUCAUCCACAAUGCCCUCAUUGACAUGUACUCCAAGUGCGGUGACAUGGCGACUGCCAUGUUAAUGUUUGCAGGGAUGCCUGAAAGGGACUUCAUCUCCUGGAACUCCAUGGUGACAGGGUUCUCGCACAAUGGCCAGGGGAAGCAGUCGCUUGCCGUGUUCAAAAGGAUGCUUGAAGCUGAAGUGCAGCCAACCUAUGUUACUUUUCUUGCUGUCCUAACGGCUUGCAGUCAUGCCGGUCUAGUCUCUGAUGGCCGUCAGAUUCUUGAAUCAAUGAAGUACCAUGGUGUUGAACCAAGGGCUGAACACUAUGCCUCCUUCAUAGAUGCUCUUGGUCGGAACCAUCAACUGGAAGAAGCAAGCGAGUUCAUCAAAGAUUUGUCAUCCAGGAUUGGUCCAGGUACAACUGGGUCGUGGGGAGCGCUUCUUGGCGCAUGCCGUGUUCACGGCAAUAUUGAGAUUGCAGAGAAAGUGGCGGAGUCCCUUUUCCAGUUGGAGCCUGGAAACAGCGGUCGGUAUGUCAUGUUGUCAAACAUUUAUGCAGCGGCAGGUCAGUGGGAUGAUGCCCGCCGUAUCAGGGGGAUUAUGAAGGAGAAGGGUCUGAGGAAGGACCAAGCUUGCAGUUGGAUCGAGGUGCGGAAUGCGAAGCACAUGUUUGUUGCUGAUGACACGUCUCACUGUGAGGCAAAUGAGAUAUAUGGGACGCUGGACAAACUUUUUGAUCAUAUGCGUGUUGUAGUGGAUCCUGUUGAAGACCAGCUUGCGCUGUGCUGAGAGUGUCAUGCCUUCCCAAAGAAUCAUCAGAACAAGAAUGCUACACGAAGCAUGCCAGUAGAUGUUCACUGUUUUGCCUUCAGCAUCUUUGAAAUGGCAGUGUUCCAGUUUCUGAGGCAUGAGGCCGCAAAGGAACUUCAGAGCCUAAUUUCUUUGCACAGUACUUGAGGCAGCAAUCUCAGGAGAACCAGUAUGAUUUGAUCCAUUUAAAUAGCCCUACCCACCGCUUCAGCAUACUACUAAACACCACUAGCAACACAUGGAGGUGUGUGUGUUAUAUGCCAGCAAUCCGUAUACAGUUCAGUAUCUGCUAAGCUGUUGGAUAUCUGUUUGACUUAUUUCUGCAGAAAAAGGGAUAUGUAUUCAUUGAAGUAGAAGUGAGCUAGGACUUCUGCCAACAAUGGUUAUAUUUUCUCGUCACUUCUACUGAUCCUGACUCGAAUUAUGAUUAUAUAGUUUGGACAAGUCGGUGUUGCCUA